AUGGGCCUCCAGGGAGAUGGAGCCCGGCUGCUCGGCUGGGUGGCCCGAGCCUCCGUCGCUGCGGGCGAGCAAACGCGCAACCACCAAGGGCAUGCGAGCCCCAGGCGCCCCUGCAAGGGGCACACCACGCUCACCCCGAAACGCCGAACGGCCAGGGGCUUUCCCACGCCCGGGAAACUGCCACGGAAGUUGCAAAGGAGAGGGCAGCGCGUGGAGAGGAGGCACCCCCGGCUUAGAGGACGGUUCCAAGAAGCGGAAAAGAAAUUUCUGACAAUCAGAAAGAGAACUCGCACACAUGCCCCCCCAGGGGACAGACGGGUGAACAACAAAGGAGCGGGGAAGGUGGAGCUGCAUCCAGACCGAGGGCGAAAUCGCUGCCCAGGCAGGGGCGGCACGCGGCGCCGACGAGCGCGGAGGGCGCGGGGAGGGCGUGGGGUGCGGGCGGGCGCCCCGGGCAGGGGCGGGGCGGCGGCGGCUGGGGGCCUGCGACUCCGGAGUGAACAGCCUGGGGGCGAGAAACUUAGGUCCAGCUCCGUGGAAAAGUUCAGUGACCUCCAACUUCCUUGGACCAUUUCCACGCAGAACCCCUUCCCGUUGGUGGGCAGGAGCGGCCCCUCCCAAGGUCCUGCCGGUCCAGUCCCCGGCUCCUCCGGGGGAUGCAGGGCGGGCCUGCCUGGGCAGGGGGCCGGGAUGGAAGAGCACCAUCGCAUUUAAAGAGAAACAGACCCGGACCGGGGGCUAAAGGAACCAAUGGAGCGAGUGGGGGGUGGAGGGGAACCAGUCCUGAGCCCCGUGCUGUCCACGGACAGGCCCCGGACGUGGCGGGGAGGAUCUUGGCUGUCAGUGGAGGAACCUGAAGGCUCUCUGAGGGUCGCAAGGGGCCAGGUGAAGGCUCUAAAGAAGACCCUGUUUCUCUGGAAGCAGUAAGGAGCACAAAAAAUAAAAAUAA